AUGAAGGUCCAAGAAAUUUUUGACAUCGCAUAUUCAGUAAAUUUGGCAGGAUUGGACAACGAAUAUCAGCUAGUACGGACAUUCUUUAUGAGAAGCGGUGUACGAUUGUCAUACAAUGAGAUAGUCGAGUUAUACCGAGAGAUUCUCCGAGUUGUGAAUUCGAUGGGAUACUCCGAUCCUCUUGAUUUUCUGAAAGACUUCUUUCCCGAAAAGGAGUUUAGGAAGGUUCGGGUAUUUAGGAAGAACAUAAACAGGAGAAUUAAACUAGAAAGAACCCCAACUCAACAGCCAGUAAAUACUGUGGAGAAAAAGUCUCAGAUUAGCUCCACCCAGGUAAGUCCUGAGGAACCUAAAAAAGCCAGAAUACAAAACCUAAAGAGUGAUAUGACAGAGAAGGAGGCAGUAUCAAGGCCUAUUAAAAUCAAAAAGGAAGUGUUUGAUGGAAGAGUAGGCAGUGGAGAAUUGAACGUUGAAAUGUCUCAAAAGGAUAAAAAUAAGGUAAUGAAGUAUAAAAGGACUUCAAAAAGGUUCAAGGACAUGGACCAAAAAGAAAAAGAGGCUGACAACAAAUUUGAUUAUUUUAUGUAUCGAUCAAAGCUAGAUGAGAAAUCCAAGAUGUAUUUGGACAACAGACAGUUACUAAAUGACAAUCCAUUUAUAAGUAAUAUAUACAAUGAUAUUGAUCUUGAAUUCAGAGAAGUAAUGUAUAGAAUAUACAAACACAACCGUUCACAAAUUAAAGACAAGUCCAAAUAUGCAAUUGAAAUGGAGUUUCUAGAAAACUACUUUGCAAAGAAAUUGAACAUUUCCAAACAGGAAGAGGAUUCAUCAAGGAAAUUAUCAAAUGCAAUAGCAUAUUUAAUGAGGAAGCUUCAAAAUAAGAUAUUUGAAGUGGAGGAUGACGAGACGGUUGAGUUAAUGCUAUAUUUCAAGACAAGGCUGUGUGCGUUUUACAACUACUACAGAAAAUAG